AUAUAUAUAUAUAUAUCAAAGCUUGGUUAAAAAUGCCUCAGUUCAUUUUACGUCGUUCAGUUAUACAACAUUUAUAAGACCUUGUAUACGGUCUGAUAUUCCAUUUUUCUUUUCUUUUUUUCGAAAUAAUCUUCAACGAAUCAUUCAUGUCUGAUUGGCGUAGUAUACCUUCUGAAAAUAAGCAUAGAGAAUUUCUCGAGAAAUUCAGUGCUAUCUUAAUUGAUUUCGCAUUCGAGAGUGUAUUGCGAGACAAUCCUGUCUCAAGAUGGAGAGAUGCAAAUUAUUUGCAAGAAAUUUUGAAUUUUGAUCUGUUAGAAGAACCAAAAUCACAAAAAGAUCUCUUAUUGGUGGCAAAUAAGAUAUUAAAAUAUAGCGUUAAAACUGGUCAUCCAUAUUUUAUGAAUCAACUUUUUUCUGGAUUGGAUCCUUAUGGCUUGGCAGGACAAUGGUUGACUGAUGCCUUAAAUGCUUCAGUAUACACGUACGAAGUAGCACCCGUAUUAACAUUGAUGGAGAAAACCUUGACUAGAAAGUUAUUAUCUAUGUUUUAUAAGAAUGAUAAUGGAUGUGAAUUUGGUGAUGCAUUGUUUUGCCCAGGUGGAUCUUUUGCAAACGGAAUAGCUAUUAAUUUAGCAAGAUUUUCUUAUAGAUGUGAGAAGAAGGAUUUAAUAGUGAAGCCAAUUCUCUUUGCUUCGGAAGAUGCUCAUUACUCGGUAUCUAAAUGGGCAAAUCUUUGCAAUGUAGAUGUCGUUCUCGUGAAAACGGAUGAUUUAGGUAGAAUGAGCGUUGAUGAUUUAAUGAUCUGUAUUCGGCAGGAACAAGAAAAAGGCAGUUCUUUGUUUAUGGUUAUUGCUACAGCCGGAACAACGGUAUUGGGUGCUUUCGAUCCAUUGAUCGAAAUAGCAAAAAUUUGUCAGGAUUUGAAAAUAUGGUUACACGUCGACGCAGCCUGGGGUGGUGGUUUAAUAUUUAGUAAAAAACAUUGUGGUCUUUUAAGAGGAAUAGAAAGAGCAGAUUCUAUAUUAUUUAAUCCUCACAAAUUACUGGCCGUUCCACAACAGUGUUCCUUAUUUUUGACAAAGCACGAUAAUAUUUUAACCAAAGCACACUCCAAGGGAGCUACUUAUUUGUUUCAAAAGGAUAAAUUUUACUCAGCUGAUUUAGAUCCUGGAGACAAGUAUUUACAAUGCGGACGCAGGGCAGAUGUUUUGAAGUUUUGGUUUAUGUGGCAAGCUAAGGGAUCAUCGGGUUUUGAAAAACACAUUAAUCAUCUAAUGUCACUGUCAGCUUUCUUUAAAGAUGAGAUUGAAAAAAAGAAACACUUUGAGUUAGUGGCACAACCAUGUUUCAUCAAUGUAUGCUUUUGGUUUAUUCCUUUGCAUUUAAAAGAUAAGGAUUCUAUAUACAAUUAUGAGGAAGAAUUAAGCAAGGUAGCUCCUAAGUUGAAGGGAAGAAUGACGAAAAGAGGUAGUUUAAUGAUCAACUAUCAACCAUUACGUGAGAAACCAAAUUUUUUUCGAUUCGUUGUACAAAAUUCGGGUACAGAUAUGCAAGACAUUAAUUAUGUAUUAGAAGAGCUCGAAAAUCUUGGGGAGUCCUUGUGAAUUCCAAUAUGAGGUUAUAUAUAAUCAAAUAUUUUAUUAAUAGCUUUUCUUUGAUUUCUUUUUUAUUGUAUCCACUUUUGCUGCUUUUGGAACACGAUAUUAAAAUACAAUACAAAUACUUUCUUAAGCUUU